AGGAGGCUGUCUGGGCCCUGUGAUGGCGUCUGCAGGUCCAAAUCCUGAGGGUGGUGGCCCUGCUUCUGGGCAGGAGUCUGGGGGUCGGAGGCUGUCCUGGCCGGUCCUGCUGCUGACCCUGGCAGCGGUCACCUCCUCAUCUCUUUCUGCUUUGUCUCUGUACCACCUGGUUGCCCUGAGAGCCGAGGUUGAGGAGCUCCGGUCAGAGGUCUUCCGCAAGAGAGAGGAGCAACAAGAGGCCAGGCAUGGAGAGGUAAGAGGUUUACAUGUUCAAAUGUGAUGCUGCAAAUCGGCAUGCUGACUGCUGGAAUGUCCACCAGAGCUGUUGCCAGAUAAUUGAAUGUUCAUUUCUCUACCAAAAGCCUCCUCGAAUGUCGUUUUAGAGAAUGUGUCUGUAUGUCCAACCGACCGCAACCACAGACAACAUGGAUGGUGUCGUGUGGGCAAGCAGUUUGCUGAUGGGGUUAUGGUGUGGGCAGGCAUAAGCUACGGACAACGAACACAAUUGCAUUUUGAAAGAGUGUGCAAAGUUGUCAUCAAGGCAAAGGGUGGCUACUUUGAAAAAUUAAAAUCUAAAAUAUAUAUUUAGGAUUGUUUAACACAUUUUUGGUUACUACAUGAUUCCAUAUGUGUUAUUUAAUAGUUUUGAUGUCUUCUACUAUUCUGCAAUGUAGAACAUAUUAAAAAUAAAGAAAAACCCUUGAAUGAGUAGUUGUGUCCAAACUUUUGACUGGUACUGUAUGUAUGUGUAUGUAUAUGAUGUAGAAACUGGCCACUAGGGGCAAUAGUGAGCACUAUUACCUUCAAGUAUGCUUUGGUUUUGCUAGGGUGUUGUGGAUUGGUGUAAGCAUCUACCGCUGGUUGAUAUUUUUAUUUUAAGCUUAUCCCAAACCUUAACCAUUCGGAGUUAAUGCCUAACCUUAAGAAUUCUGAGUUAAUGACUAAACUUAACCUUGGAACGAUACAGAGAAGUAUCCAAAUACUUUGAAAUUUGACUUUUGGAACAACUUCCAAAUUUAAUUUUUGAGAAACAUGGAUGAAUGUCUAAUUCGGACAUGAGACUAUGAGAUCUUGUUGCGAUUUGAGAAGGGCGUUCCUCCCUCACUGCUUUUGCCUGUUUAGGUCACGGGCCGAUAGCUUGUUGUAGUUAAUCGUACUCCCUCAUUGUGAGACAUCUCACUCAUUAUCAGAGAACCCGGGUUACGAAAGUAACCUUCAGUUUCUGAUGCAUUACCCAGACACUGCAGCAGAUGAGCAGCAGCUCCAGAGCCAGAAGGAGCAGCCCAGACCCUCCACACCCCCCUGACUCCCAGCCCCAUCCACACCCCCCUGACUCCCAGCCCCAUCCACACCCCCCUGACUCCCAGCCCCAUCCACACCCCCCUGACCCCCAGCCCCAUCCACACCCCACUGACCCCCAGCCCCGUCCACACCCCCCUGACCCCCAGCCCCGUCCACACCCCCCUGACCCCCAGCCCCAUCCACACCCUCCUGACCCCCAGCCUGGGCUGUCCUUCGUCAGGAAGAGGAGUGUGGGCACAGGAACUGAGAACACAGGCAAGACUUCCAAUACUAUUCAGUGGGACUGUUUGUGUCUGUUUGACAUGUUGAGAUGGGACAUAUAGCACGUUAGAAAAAGAGGAAAAUAUGCACAUCAAACUUAUCUGGUGCAGGACAGAAGAAUGUAUCAAAGAAAAAAGAAAUGUCCACAACUCUGGUAUGCUCCCAUGGUGACUUAACCUGAUGAAGAUCCAACUUGGAUCGAAACGUUGUCUCAUUGUGCGUCUGAUUAAAUCACCAUGGGAGCAUACCAGAGUUGUGGACAUUUCUUUUUUCUCUCAUAUAGCAUGUUGUCACUGUCAAUGCUGUGUUAUUUUUAGCUCAUAUUCUGUGAAAUGGGGCUGUUGCUUUGAACACUGAACUGAGUUAUUUCUGGCAAGCUGCAAAAUUUCAUGAUUGUAAUCUCUCUUUCUCUCUCUCUCUGUGUUUCUGUCUCUCUCUCUCGCUCUCUCCCUCAGUGUGUCUCUCGCUCUCUCUCGCUCUCUCCCUCAGUGUCUCUCUCUCUCUCUCUCUCUCUCUCUCUCUCUCUCUCUCUCUCUCUCUCUCUCUCUCUCUCUCUCUCUCUCUCUCUCUCUCUCUCUCUGACUAGAAAUAACUCAUAUUGUACAUGGUGAGGUUAUUGAAUCGAUACAAAACUGUCCCUCUGUCCUCCCCUCCCUCUAGUGUCUCAACCUUGUCUACAGAUGCUGGCAGAUAGCAACAGGAAAACAUUCCAGAAAGGUACUGAAAACCUGGAAAUGCAGUCAUUGACUGAAAUACUUAAGUUGACUGAAGGACAUACAGACUGAGUCUAGGUAGUUCAUCAUGUUUGGAUUGACUCAUGCAUGGUUUGCUUGUCCAGAUUGGUGAUGUUUAGAUUGACUGAUGCAUGGUGUGUGUGUUCUGUUGUUGUGCAGUGUUUGCAUUGGAGCCUUACACAGGGAUCCCCUGGCAGGCGGGGCUUAGGAGAGGCUCCGCCCUGGAGGCAGAGAGUGACAGCAUCCUGGUCAGAGAGGAGGGAUACUAUUUUGUCUACAGUCAGGUGAGAGCUAGUCUCCUUCAGGUGGGAAAUAGGUGUAUCACAUAGACAGCUCACAAGCCCUAACUCUCCCCAUUUCUCUCCAUAUGUGCUGCAAUAGUGUUCACAAUAGCUAAAAAAAACAACCGUAACUAUCAUUCCCCCCCCCCAUGCAGGUGUACUACAUGGACACAACCUUUGCCAUGGGUCAUGUGGUGAUUAGGAAGAAGAGGAACGUGGUGGGAGAUGAAGCUCAGCAUGUCACAUUGUUCCGCUGUAUCCAGAACAUGAACCCUGUCUACCCAUACAACACCUGUUACACAGGGGGUGAGUCUGUCUUUGUGGGCAUGUGUGAGUGUCUGCACAUUUGUGUGUGUGUGUGUUUGUGAGUAGGUGUGUGAAUGUACGUGUUUGUGUGCUGUUUCUGAGUGUGUUAACUGUGUUCUCUGUAGGUGUAGUGAAGCUGGAGGUCGGGGACAGUGUGGAGCUGUUGAUCCCUCGCUCUACAGCCAAAGUUUCUCUGGAUGGAGACUCCACGUUCCUGGGGGCUGUCAGACUGGCCUGACCCUGACCAGGGGAGUUGGACUGGGGGGACUAGGGGAUACAAUCGGCAUCAUGUGGAGAUGGACACUGCUGGGACUAGAAGUUUUGAUCUGGUGGAUACUGGUGGUGGUGUACAAGAUAAUUAUUUUAAAUGAACUAUGGCUUGUGGGUCUCAUAGCAAUAUGAUCUAUUCUACUAUGAUGCCAUCUGCUUUACAGUGUGACUGAGGGACGGACGGACAGACUCAGAAUCCUGGCCUAUGACUGGAGAGCCUGGCUGAUGAUGAUGAUGAUGAUGAUGAUGACGACAGUAGUGUCACCCUCUGUCACUGUGUGUGAUCUGAAAUGUUUGAGGCUUAUACUGGCAGGUGUCUCACCAUUCACUCAUAAACUUCUUUACACAUGUUAUGAUCAUAUACAGUACAUAGAUAGUCAAGACACAGUCCCAGCCAUGACUACCUCUCUGUCAGAAUUCACUUUGAUGCCAAGAUGAUGAUCAUUUUGACCACCUGCAUACUAAUAAAAUAGGCCCUUUUUGUAUUUCAUUGUGUUGUAUCCUGUCUAUAACAAUGUUAUUGAAUGGUGUGGAGUGAGUUGUCAUCAUUCUACCAGAAGGGAGCAGCAGCACUCAAUUAAUUGGUUUCCCAAGCAGCACCUGACCAUGUAUUACAAUAAAUGCAGUUAAUCACUAUGGCUGGUGGUAAUGAUAGUGAUGUCAUCCCUUCCUGAGAGGGGGUAAGUUGUACCACUUGUGACCACCAGAGGGAAACCUUCCCACAGGAAACAGCAGUGUAGCACAGAACAGUACUGGCACAGAUAGAAUAAUGAGACUGUCACGACUUCCGCCAAGGCUGUCUCCCCUCCUUGUUCGGGCAGGUUUCGGCAUUCGUCGUCACCGGCUUACUAGCUACUGCCAAUCCCAUUCUCAUCAUUCCACUUGUCAUGUCUUGUCUUGUCAAUCACACACACCUGGUGCUCAUUCCCCUAAUUAGUAUGUGUAUAAGUGUUCCCUCUGUUCCCCUUGUCUUUGUGAGUGAUUGUUUCAUUUUGAGAGCGAGUAGCUCGGUUUAGCUACUCUUCCAUUUGUUAUUGCCAAGGUGGAAUAUUUCCCUUGUGAUAGUUUUGUUUUGACGCUUGGUGCUUUUUAUUUAUGUAAAUGGGAUAAACUCUGGACUUCAGUGUUUUACCUCCUGCGCCUGACUCCUUCAUUCACACCUCAUCACAGAGACAGAUAUUUCACUGGAUGUAUAAAUGUGAAGUGUCCGGUUGGCGUUUCCACUCACUACCAAAUAUGGUAGUGAGGGGAAGCCUACUGGUGGGUGGUGACUAGUGGUGGCUAUUGAGCAGCCUGAGAGUAGAAACUAUUGGCCAGUCUUUCAGUUUUUGCAAUGAUGCUCCUGUACUGACUGAUUGAAGCGGGGAGAACAGGGCAUGGCUUGGGUGGCUGGGGUCCCUGAUGAUCUUCUCGGCCUUCCUGCGACACCUGGUGUUGUAGGUGUCCUGUAGGGCAAGCAGUGUGCACGUAUCACCCUCUGAAGAGUCUUGCAGUCUGCAGCGGGGUAGUUGCCGCACCAGGCAGUGAUGCAGCCUGACUAUGCUCUCGAUGGUGCUCCUGUAGAACACUGUGAGGGCCCUAGGGGACAGGCUGAAUUUCUUCAUCAUCCUGAGGUUCAAGAGUCGCUGUCGUGCCUCCUUGACUACGGUGUCUGUGUCGUUAAACAAUUUCAGCUUCUCUGAAAAGUGUACGCCAAAGAAUUUGAAGUUAUUGACCGUCUCCACGGCGGCCCCGUUGAUGAGGAUGGGGACGUGUCCAGCCUGAAGUCCACAAUCAGCUCCUUUGUUUUGCUAACGUUGGCACCACACCAUCAGAGUGCCUCCCUCCUCCAUGUAGGCUGUCUUGUCAUUGUAGGUAAUCAGUCCUACUACUGUCGUGUCAUCAGCGAACUUGAUGAUGGAGUUGGAACUAUGUGAGGCCACGCAGUCGUGGUUAUACAGGGAAUACAGCAGGGGACUGAGGACAAACCCUUGUUGGGCCCCCGUGUUGAAGAUCAGUGUCGAUGAGGUAAUGUUGCCUACCUUCACCACCUGGGGGCGGCCAGUCAGGAAGUCCAGGACCCAGUUGCAUAGGGAGGAGUUUAGACCCAGGGCCGUGAGCUUUGUAAUGAGCUUAUAGGACACAUGUAGGCAGGAUGCAGGUCUGUAUCUGUCUUUUUACUGAAACUCACUAACAGAACUCUCCCAAAAGUAGUGCUGUAUGCACUGUGUGUAGUUAGAGUGAAACAAAUUGAAAUGAAAGGACAUGCCUGCACAUGGUUCUGCCAAUUAUGUUAGCCCGCUAUGGCUGUAUUGUGAGGUGCAAGGAGAAACAGAAGCACUAUAACUAUGAAUGUAGAGGUAGGUCUGGGAGAUAGACUACCACACUCCAAUAACCUUCAAUCUAACUAGACAUUUCCUCAACUGCAAUGACAGGACGGACACAGAUGGAGGGAUUACCAUUGAAAAUAGCUAUCAGAUCAGUAUAGAAAAAGAUGGGGGCUAGGUUAUACCCUCUAGAUGUAGCAGCAGAGUGUGUCUAUAAUAAUGUUUUUUUUGUUGUUGUUGCUUAUGCUGGAGGGUAUAAGAGAUGAUGAACCUCAUUUGGUGCUUUACAUAAUCUGACACACACACACACACAACGAUAAGGGAUAACAUCAUCCUAAAGCAAGGAGGAGAGCAGACGCUUACUCACUCUGCUGUUCUGCCCCCUAGUGGAUUACACAACACAAUGCUCCUAGGUGUUUCCAUUUGGCCUAGUUCUGCAGUCUUUGGGGAGAGUUGAUUCACAAUCACAGACAUCACAUUAUCUUUGGUACCCUUCCCCAGAUCUGUGCCUCAACACAAUCCUGUCUCGGAGCUCUACGGACAAUUCCUUCGACCUCAUGGCUUGGUUUUUGCUCUGACAUGCACUGCCACUGUGGGAUGUUAUACAGACAGGUGUGUGCCUUUCCAAAUCAUGUCCAAUACAUUUAAUUUACCACAGGUGGACUCCAAUCAAGUUGUAGAAACAUCUCAAGGAUGAUCAAUGGAAACAGGAUGCACCUGAGCUCAAUUUUGAGUCUCAUAGCAAAUGGUCUGAACACUUAUGUAAAUAAGGUUUUUCUUUUCUUGUUUUUCUUUUUUUGCAACUAUUUCUAAAAACCUGUUUUCACUUGGUCAUUAUGCGGUAUUGUGUGUAGAUUGAUGUUUUUUUUUUUUAUUCAAUCAAUUUUUAAAUAAGGCUGUAACGUAACAAAAUGUGGAAAAAGUCAAGGGGUCUGAAUACUUUCCGAACUGUAUAAAAUGGAAGGGAGUUCCAUGCACUCAUGGCACUGUAUAAUACUGUAUAUUGCAGCUAUUCAGACAGCAACUAUCAUCUUCAGUCACUGAAGAUGUGUUGAGGCAUUUUCUUAAAUACCGGCCACUUAUAAAAUGUUAAACCUUCUGUAAAAUCUAGGCCCAUGUAGCAUUAUCUAUCAAUCAUACACAGGGCUGUUGUGGUGACCGUAUUACCGCCACACCGGCGGUCACGAGUCAUGAAGGCAGUCAAAUUCCACGUGACCAUUUAGUCACGGUAUAAAGGCUUUUCCAAGCUCUGAUGCUGCUGAUGGUCAACUUGCUAACUGCCUGGUACUCAGCACUCUAUUGUCCCUCUAAUCACUCUGACAUCAAUGCAAAUGUCUUCGAAAAUCUAAUUAAACACUUCAUGAGAGCUCAUGUGGUGCAACAUUUCUAUAGGUUAUGCUAUUGCAUGAGAAAACAGAGUGAUGACCUCUACUAAAAAGAGGAGGAUCCCAUCAGCUUUCUAUAGGCUAGGCCUACUAUUCUUUUUUUUCCUAAACUUUCCUAAUAUUAAGCACAUUGUUUAUCUUUACAACAGGAGUAUAGCCUACCUAGCUGGCGUGAAAAUGAACCACGGGAAAAGUGUCCCUCCAUUCACUAUCCAUUCACUACUUAAGUGCAUAGAUGACAUGUAUUUUUUUCCCGCUGCCACUGUUUUGAGACAGGUGUAUGAUAAUGGUUCAUUCUAAAUCAAAACAAAUUUCACACAUACAUUGUUUAGUAUAUGUAAAGACAAGAUAAUCAAGAAUAGUCUGAUGGGUGACAAUAUUAGCCUAUCACUUGUGAAUGAUGCCCAGCUUAAGGCAAACAGCACAUACUUUUUUUUGCAUCUUUUUCAAAUCAUCGUCGCACACCUCAUGUAGCCUAGCCCAUAGGUCUAUAUGUUUUGAUAAGGUUUGUAUCAUAACUAAAGUGGCCAAAUAACUUCUUAAAAUGAAGCACAUUAAUCUGCUUUACAUGGGGUUUAGAGCCUAACUGGCAUACAUAAGCAGCGCGUGAGUUUCAAGUUUGGGGAAGAUAAUUUUCACCAUAAAAAUGCACCUUUAUAAUAUUUGCGGUCAGUUUUGAUAAUGGUAUUUUCCGGCUAAUGGAACAUUCGCGCUUAUAGCCUACUGCCAUGUGCGCAUUGCUGUGCUUAUAAUGUGAAGAAAAUGCCUAAUAGUUUAUCAACAUUUUAAGCAAAAUGUUCUGUUCUGUUGCGUCAGCCACAUUGUGUAAAAAAUGUGUUUUUGAUGCUAGUGGUUGUAUUAAUUUGGGAUCUAUUGCAUCCCACAACUAUCCCAGACUAUGUUUGGAAUAUUUAUUUCUCGCACAGAAUAGAAUAGGUAAACUUUUGUACUAUGGGGGAUAGUAGAUUGACAUAGGCUAGUGCUUUUGCUGUUCGUUAGGCCUGCUAAUCUUGUUGGCUGACGAAAAGUAAAUGUGGACAGUUCUUCCAAAAUCUUCAAUAUGCACCACACGCAGUUGCGUCCCCGAUGUGUCUGUCUUCACUUGUAGCCUGUGAGAAAGACCCGAUCUCGUGAUGGAAAGCCAUGUGAGUGAGAGGUGCUUAGGAGCGCGCAGAACUCAGGGAGAACGGCACAAAGCAGCACUACGGGCCCAGGGCACAACGGCCAAAGGCCGCAAAAGGCAUGGAUUUUUUUCGGGUGCAUUACGGCCACAAAGUGGAUGCCGCCAUGAACUUCGAGGUGUUAUCAAGUGCUUGUCAAAUUGUGAAUGAGAGACUAAAGAAGUGUGUACAGCCUGCGCAAAAAAGUUUAAGCAGAGCUUAUGACUUUCAAUCGACUUUUUUCAAAUCAUCAUUAGAGUCGUGCAGCCUUACAAUGUAUUACAAAUCUAAACAUAUAGCCCAACGUAUGUAGAACAACUAAAGUUACAUGAAUAACUUUAAAUUAAGCAUAUGGGAGUAACUAUUUCUUUGUUAACCGCUCAACACAGAAUAGCUGCAUGUGCCCACUCCCUCAAACUCAAAUCGUUUGGAGAAAAUGUUUAUAUUUUAUUCAGCUUUGUUAAUACUAUAAAAUAAUGGAAUUCUAAGCAAAUCUUGUCUGCUAAAUGAACUAGUGUAGCCCACAGCCAUUUGGCAUAGCCAGAUCAGGACCUAACAUAAGGACAACUCAGAGUAUGCUAUUCUGUUCUUCUGAAAUUGAUUAAAUUUUCUUCAUAUCAUGCUUCUUUAGACCUGUGUAAAAUAAAUAAUGGAUUUAUUGUGUAGGUGUAGGCUAUAUUACAUGGAUUUAUUAGACUUAAAAUGUAGAUGUUCCAAAGGUCUGCAUCAGUGGCUUGUAGACUAUGUGUGGAAGCCAAGAGAUGCUAAAUGUGUUUAUGUUAAUUAACGGUCAAUUACCGUUAUUUGCUUGGCAAUCACCGGCUGACGAAAUUUCGUGACCUUCACAGCCCUAAUCAUACACUUUAUAAAGCAUUCAACGGUUUACUCUCCUGAUAUAAAUAUCAAAGUGCCACAGUUUUGCUCCACUGAGACUGUUUCAUCAUACUUUGCUAUGCAACACUGGAUUGUCAGAAGAAUUGGGUGACAUUUAAACUCUUCUCUUCCUUAUACCCUCAGCCAGAUAUCUGUGAUAGGAAUUAUG